AUGUCGUCGUCCGUGAAUCGAUACUGGAUUCCCCAUCUUGAUAUCCACAAGAAGAUCAUCACCCAGGAGCUCCAGUACCAUUUGGGCCCUCACGCAACGGUUCGGCCGUACACUCUCGAGGGAGAGGAUGGGUUUCUCAUCUCGACGCCCGGCGCUUGCCUGACCGAUGAACAAAUCGAUGACAUUUGUCGCAAGUCAAAGGAGCUUUGGGACAAGCAGAAGGCCGCCAAACUCCUAGAGAAUCCGUCAAAGGCGCUCAAGAGGCCAUUGCACCAGCCGGUGCUAGUGUCUCGCUCGAGUGAGAUCAAAGGUAGAAGCCCGAAAUCUCGGCAGCAAGCAGACCGUUGGCGGGUUGGGAGCUGA